AUGGGUAAAGUAAGGGCAACAAAAAAAGGCGCAGAAACACCAUCAACUCCAACGUCGCCUCAAAGAAAGACAAGAACCUCAGGAAAGAAAUACACGGAAAAGGAGAUAAUGAACGUUUUACAAUAUAUUCUUGAUCAUUAUGAGGAUUGGAUUAAUAAAAAAAUAAAUCAAAGAACAAUCAUCAUUAAAACCUUAGAUCAUUACGAUAUGAAGGAUCGUACUCCAUACGCAAUACAUUUUAAAGUCAGUAGAUUGCAAUUUGAGUACAAGAAUUAUGGAAAAAUCAAUGGGUUCUCGAGUAUAAUUAAUGAUAUGGUGGCAAGGAUACUCAAAGGAAAUGUUGAGACGGAUUAUCAACGAGAAAUUGAAGGUGUCGAUACAUUUGAAAUUAAACAAGAGCUGGUUUCUUAUGAUGAACAAUUUCUUGAAGAUGACAGAAAUAAAAUAAUCACGGGAGAAAUAAAGGACGAAUUUGAAAUUAGAAAAGCAAUAUCUAAAGAAGAUUCGAUAUUUAAAAUAAAUAAGCCUUUUCUACCAAUUAUGACAAUGAAUGAGCCUAAAGAAAUUACUGAUUUUCCAGCGCAGGCAGAGAAACUAAAUGUAGUUCACAAUCUCAAAGAUUAUUAUCCAAAUAAAGAACAAGAACCGGAGCCAUUAUUAGGAAAUUCGAGCGGUAUUACCAGCACGGAUAUGAAAAAUCCUAAUGGUCCUAUUACGUAUCAACACGAACCUCAAAUGUCUAAUAAAUUUACGUUUCCUUGCACACAAAUGUCAAGCGACAAAAAUAAUUCCUAUUUCAUCUUAACUGCUACGUAUACUUUCAUGGAGAAAACAAUAGUGGACGAGAUAUACAAAAGGAAAUUAUGCGAAAUUCGCGAAAAAUACCAAGGGAUCAGAAACGAAAACAAUAGAAAGGAAUUUAAACAAAUUAGUAAGCUUAAUCAAUCAUAUACUGAAAUUAUAUGCUUGUUAGGUCGAAUAGAAGCUAGAAUGGUGGAAAUGCAAACCAAGGGUUAG